AUGUCAAGAAGAUACGACUAAAAAACCACCACAUUCAAUAAAGAAGGAAAAUUACUCCAAGUUCAAUAUGCAAUAGAAGCUAUAAAUAAGACCGGUAGUGCCAUCGGAAUUUUGACCAAAGAAGGUAUUGCCUUAGCAACCGAAAAGCUUGAUGUAAGCUUUUUACUUGAAGCUUCUAAAACGUCCGAAAAGAUAUUUGCAGUUGACAAUCAUUUAUAUGCAGUAGUAAAUGGAUUAACAGCUGAUGCUAAUUACUUAAUAGACACCGCCCGUGUCGAAGCCUAGAGGUACAAAUACGCCUACGGAGGUGAAAAUAUGCCUAUAGAAUAAUUAAUAGUCCGUGUAUGUGAUAUUAAAUAAUCUUAUACAUAAAUAGGAGGUUUAAGACCUUUUGGUGCAGCAUUCCUAUUCGCUGGUUACGAUAGACAUUUCGGCUAUUAAUUAUACUCUACAGAUCCUUCAGGAAACUAUGCAGGAUGGAAAGCUACAGCUAUUGGACAAAAUAAUUCCGCGGCAAACGUAUUCCUUAAAUCUGAGUAUAAAGAAACACUCAGCCUUAAAGAAGGAACAAAUCUUGCUUUAAAAGCACUAGUAAAAACUAUGGAUACAGCCUCGCCUUCUGCUAAAAAAAUAGAAGUCGUAGUUAUUUCAAUGAAUGAAAGAAGUAAAUAAGUAAAAGGAAAAAGCUAUUCAGAAGGGGAAAUUGAAUAAUUAUUAAAGGAUAAUGGAUUCAAUGUUGAAAAAAUGUAGGUUGAAUGAUAUGUCUUUUUUUUUAAAUAAAAAAAUUAUAUAUAUAUUUAUUUAUUUUAUAAUUUUUUUAUUUUAAAAUUAUUAAAAUAUUAUAUGCUUUU